AUGCACGUCUCAUAUGCCGCAUCAAUCACCCUGGCGCUUGCAUUGGCCAAGACGCAAGCAUUUGAUAUCAGAGAUGCUCUGACACCUUUAACGUUCAAUGACCCGAAUGUUGAUCCUGACGCCAACCAUUACUAUCUAGGCUAUCGAGGAGAUGACUUCGAUCACCCUUGGUCGAAGUACUUUAAUGACUCCGAGGUAGCACUCAACAAGGAGUUCACAGAGGGAUUGGCGAACUCGCCAUUCCCUGCUGAAUCAGGCGUUGAAUUCUCAGAUGCCGGCGCAGCAUUGAGCCAACCAGGCUACCUGCCAUUAGAGAAUGGCUUCACGACUCUUAAGGACGGAUCACUAUACAUGGCGAUCCGCAGCGACGUCCCGGAGACAUUCACCGGCGAACAAUACGACUUUUGGUUCUCAUGGCACGUCAACGACACGACCAAAUAUAAGCUCUGGCACCCGCACGCCCACCAAUACGCUGCCGUCAACAAAGCGGAACUUGCUGGUAAUGCUGCAAAAUCCGACUACCGCUCGCGCUACUGGAACCUCACCUCCUUCAUCGACGAAUACAUCGGCGCCACAGCCUACAAGAUCUCCAUCGGCUUCUUCGAUCCACGCAUGCAACACUUUGAACUCGAGAACAGCGCUACCGGCAUCGAGACGAUAGUCACGGGCUUUGUACGACUAUUCGCGUACAACGAUCAAGAUCCCGCAUCGGAAGCCCGCGCAGGACUUACACCGUUUGAUAUUAUCCUGGCACAUCAGGUAAGGAGGAAACCAGUGGGUGGUGGUAAGGAGAUUCGAUCGAGGUUCUGGGUGGGACCGGGACUGAAGGCGCUUGUCAAUGUGGUCAUGAAACCGGAGCAGUUGGCAAGGGAUCUGAGUACGCAUUGUGCGGUGGAGAUGACGCAUCUGGGUACUUUCUUGCCGGCUUUGUUUGCGGAGUUUAAAGAUGAUCUGGCUGUUGUUUCGUGA